AUGUGGCCUCUUCGGGGAGGCGGCGAUAGUGAAGAUGUUGGGUGCUGGGCGGAUUGCAAAUCCUGUGGCGGGGGCCGCCGACGAAAAGAUAGUGCUUUUGAGGUCCACAAGGACACGACGCUGAAGCCUAAGAGCGACAAGUGCACCGGCACGGAGACAGGGAAGCCACAUGAAUACCUCCAAGAUCUUCAUCUUGACGCACCACGCACGCCAAUGGUGGUCACCCUCGGCCCGACAAGCGACUUGGACUGGCUCAGGUUCUCCUACCUGCUCCGCAAUAAGAACCUAAGCUUUGACGACAUUGCAGAGCUUGUAUCGCGAUAUGUGCCCGAUGAUGACAACCUCCCGGAGAACGAUCUCGCGGAAGAAAAGGUUACAGCUGUCGGCGAAUUGGACGCGCGCAACAGUACAUGGCGAGUUUCUGUACGUCGAUCGGGGGUUGUUGAAUGGGACGUGUCGACCCUUGGGAAAGAAGGGCAUGCGUCAACAACGAGCGGCGGUGAAAACGACAGAGUCCAGUCCAGUGAGCCAAGCUGCGGAGCGGAACUUCUUAAGACCAACGGCAUAGACGUCUGCCACCACGGUCCACUUCAACCCCCAAAUCCUCCAGAGACUGUGAGGAUCGAUGGAACGACGGAGCAGGCACUCAGACAGGAUGAUGUCGAAGAUCUAGACCAGUCUGAUGAGCGACGUUCCAGCGAAGACCAUGAGAUAUCCCGAUCAUGUUUCUCAUCCGAUUCAUCAGCUGACUCAGUCGACUUUUCGAAAGCGGAAAUCGGCAUGCAGGUGACCAGGAUGAGACCUACCAUGUUAUCCUGGCUGAGGCCAAAGAGAAAAUACGACAGCCUCCAAGAAAACACACGACCAAACUCACCAGGUCCUAAGGAAUCCUCUGUAGGCCUCUGGAAGCGAAUCAGCAGAACAACAUCCCACUCCACAAUGAACACCACUCUGGUGGGGAAGUUUGACCAGAAGUUGCAAGCCAAACUCUCCAAUACCAAGUUGCGAGCUUCUGGCGCGAGCCAGAUACCAGCCAACGAAUGCCAUCCUGCGUUCAGGGAACAAGCCGACGCGUCGAACGCCCAACCAGAUCUAUCCACCUCAGCUCACAUCCUCAACGCCAUGCGAAAUCUCAACAGCCAUCGCGCAAGCCAAAGCGUGCCUAGCGACACGAAGUCCCAAAGAGCCUAG